AUGCCUGUCAGCUUCGUGAGCUCCGCUAGCGACGACCCUUCGACGCACAACACCAAUGAACUUCGUCAAGACGAAGUCCGUCCCACCGGUAGUGCUGGCGCCGCAUCGCUAGACGCCAUCUCGACCUUGCAGCAGCAAGAGAUCGGCACUCGCACGCGCAUCGGCGCUGCGAGCGAUGGCGUUGUGGCCGCUCCAGGGUCGCGACAGCCCGCCGUGGUGGACCAGGGAAAUGCUCCGAGCGCUCGCCAGUUGACCAAGGACGAGGCGGAUCGGUUGUACGAGGAGAAUAUUGAGGAUGAAUACGCGAAGCGUGAGGGUGGUGCUUAA